AUGCCCGACAUACAUCGAGCUCCGGAAGUUAUCUUGAAGAUUUAUUGGGAUUAUAAGGUUGAUAUAUGGAAUCUUGGCGUAUUGGUAGGAAUCCCAAGGAUGACCUUCUCGAUGACAGCUAUCAUUUCGGUGAGAUGGUGGCCAUCCCAAGAUCCUCCACCUACCGAAUUUCUUAAACGUGGCGAGAAAAGUCAAGAAACCUGGGACGAAGCAGGUAACCGGAGAGGUCUCGCCCUAAAUCCCAGCCAAUACCUCGAGGAGUUUGAUGAGAGGCUAGAGGGUAAAGAUAAGGACCUUUUCCUGCGUUUAAACUCGAGGUCCACGUCUAGCGGCAUUGGCAACAAGGGUGAUCUAAUGUAGCUGAUCAAAGCCAAGGAACGGGAGGCCAGUGCAUGACUGGACUUUGGAGAAUUGGGUAGGCGCCCCUC